UUGCUGCCAGUUCUUCACAAAAUCAAGAACCACCAUGCCAUUCGAUUUUCUGAAGUAAAAGGAUGUGACAUGUUGCUCAUGUAAUAUAUACAUGACGAUUCAUAACGUGCCGUUUUUGGUCUUAUCACAAAGAUGACGUAUGGAUGACGUAUAGGUCUCUUUCAGCCUUAUCAUUUGGUACAGAAGCGGAGAGAUAUGUAUGCGCACACAUGCACGGCAUAAUCUUCCAGAUAUUUGCGUGGAAUUUGCAACAGGACGCUUCGACUCAUAUGUCCUUUCGCUAGGAUAUAGAAUUCACGGUUCUAAUCUAACGAACACGUUAUAUUAUGUUGAUCGUCAAUAGAUCUUCCCUGUUCUCGAGUUGUUUGUGUAGACGCAGAUCCGUAUGAUAACCCGUGAUCGGUGUUAGGUAUUAUUAUCAUUGCAAACUUCAUAUUGGACAUUCAGUUUUGUUAUUGUCAUACAAGAUAACAGUGUGGUGUUGCUAAGCUUUUCGUUGUGUAUAUACAGGCAUACUACCAUCUUUCAUUGCGUGGUCUUUUUUUCUCUACUUUGAACGGUAGAUGGAUAGAGGACGAAAAGAGGUAAGGGGACGGAAGAGUGCUGGAGGGAGAAGAAGCACUCUGCGUUCAACGCGACAGUCGAUGUCGGUUUCUCUCGGUUGCGUGAGUGUUCAGUUGACAGCUCCGACUUAUUGUUCUCUGUAUGCUUUGGCAAACGAACACACGUUUUUCAUGAUAUUUAUUAUUUAAAGUGAAAUAAACGCGCAUCUCGGAGAGUGUAAACGAUAAAGUCUGAAAAGUACGACUGAAGCGAGAACGAGCUUGUUGGGAGUGCCAGGAGUGCUUAGAGAAUCAACACAUCGCGUGUGCCGUUGUGUGCCAAUCAUCCGGAGUGGUACCAUUAUCAGGAAUAAUCAUCGUUUGUUUUUCAAACGAGAAAAGAAGGAUAGUGUGAAGGAAAAUACCAAUGAUCGUAACGUAGCGUAUCGUGUUUAUGACUGGAAUUCACACAGACUAUGGACGUUGUGACGUCUCGGAUAAUGAUCGACCAUGGUCUGAUCUGGUGCAUUGUGAUCUUCAUCGUCGUUGGGACUAGCGUUUCUGCCUUUGAUUGCAAUGAAGUUCAGGAAUGCUUCUGUCAUCCGGAUAUUGGUGACAGUUUCAAGAUAACCUGUGACUUGCCAAACAACUCUUCCUUCGGUGUAUACAUUUAUCCGAGUCGCUUUAUAAAGAUAGAAUGUGUCAACUCGCCAAAAUGGUCAGAUUUUCAUGUGAAUAUGGCGUCCUUGGAGUGGAACCAAGUGGAGACGAUGUGGUUUCACAUGUGCGACUUACCAGCGAACAACACCAGUUUGGGCGAAAUUACGCAAAUGAUGGGAGUCAUCGGUGUGGAAAAGCUGAUUUUCAGAUCUUUUAGAAACUUGAGCUCCGAGCUAAAGAAACAUCAUCUAGAUGGUUUCGACAAUCUGAAGAAGUUAAUUUUAUCAAACAACAUGAUAUCCGACUUGGACGGAAGUCUAUUGGCCAAUUUGCCCAAUCUGAUUGAACUCAAUCUGAUGGAGAACAACUUAAAUCUACCCGUUGGAUUUUUUGAUUAUACUCCCAACUUGGAGCGACUUGAACUAGGCGGCAAUAAUAUGCAGUCGAUCGAACUGGGCACGUUUGACAAUCUCAAGAAAUUGGAACUGCUCAAUCUGUGGAAAAAUAAUUUUACUGAGUUUCCAUUAGGAAUCUUCGACUAUCUUGUAGCUCUCAGGGGUUUCGAUAUCAACGGGAAUGAUAUCGUUAGCUUGCCGGAGAAUAUUUUCGCAAAAUUAAAAAACCUGGAAGCCAUUAACUUAUCUCGCAAUUACUUCACAGAGUUACCGAGAGAUCUGCUACGAAAUAACACGAAAUUACUCAAUGUCACUAUUUCCCAAAACAGAGCCAACCUGACGACUUUGCCAAGUGGAUUUUUCAGUAACUACACGCAAUUGAAAGUGUUAAAAUUAACGUGGAACGAUUUUACCACAUUACCAGAAGAUCUCUUCUGGGGGACGUUUUCGCUGACUCAAAUCAGUUUGACGAAAAACCGCCUUAAAUCUUUACCCCAGUAUAUAUUUCGGGAUGCGAGACAGUUGAAGUCAUUGGAACUGGAUAUGAAUGAACUCGAAGAGUUGCCCAAUUAUAUCUUCACGACUACCAAUCAAUUGCUAACACUAAACUUAUCGAAAAACCGAAUAACCUUCAUUCCGAAGUAUAUGUUCAGCGGAUUGUACAAAUUAACAUACUUGAACAUAGAAGAUAAUUACCUAACAACUAUUUCCCAUAAAAGCUUAAGCCCUAUGAUGAACUUAAAGAUCGCCAGAUUUUCCAACAAUCAUCUAACAUUACUAUCUUCUCGAUAUAGUUAUUUAGAUGUAUAUCAAAUGUAUUCGCCCUUUCAGGACUGCUACUUAUUGGAAGAAUUGUACUUAGAUAAUAAUAAUAUUCCAGUAAUAUUUGGCGACUGGAUGUUCGUCAUUUUAGGGCUUCGAGUACUAGAUCUCAGAUAUAACAACAUAUCUAAUUUAAGCGCUACCGAUUUACAGUUUAUGUCAAAUAAACUUAAUGUCGAUUUGACUCAUAAUAAGAUAGAGCAUAUUUUCUUAAAAGAGGUCGAGUUGCUCGCGAGCUCUCAAGACGUACCUCGUGACGUAAUAAUAUCAGUGGAAAACAACCCAAUAAAAUGUGAUUGCAUCUUAUAUGACUUUCUACGUUACAUCGAGGGCAGAAUGCACCCCUAUGCACAAAAUUUUUUCCAUAUAAAACCGGGAGACUUAAAAUGUCACAGCCCAAAAUGGUUAGAGGACGUGAAGGUUACGAAUUUGCGAUCGAGAACACUUAAAUGUAAUGUAAAAGAUACGAAUCUCAAACUUCCGUGUUCUCAAGAAUGCGAAUGUAUCUUAAGACCCGAUGACAGAUCAUUUAAAAUCGACUGUUCUCACAAAAAUAUGACUCACAUGCCAAGCGACAUAAAGGAUCCUGGUCAACCAUUCAGGCUCGGAUUAAAUUUUUCUAGCAACAUGCUAACGAAAAUGCCAAAUUUGAUGGAGUUAAAACUCGAAUCGACAAAAUUAGUCGAUCUAUCUAAUAACAAUAUCUCCGAGAUCUUCCUAGACGGAUUACCCGACGCGGUAGAGUUUUUGGAACUACACAAUAAUAACAUAUCGAGGAUACCUCCUGACGUAUUAGAAUUCCUGAGCAACUCGACAAAUUUGAAGCGGCUGACGUUACACGGAAACCCGUGGAAAUGCGACUGUGAGGCUAAGGACUUCUUGAAUUUCGUGCAGACCAAAUACGUGAAGAUUCUCAAUCUGUCUCACGUGAUGUGUCGUGGCAAGAACCACUCGAUAUCGCAGAUGACUGUAAAUGAUUUUUGCCCCGGUGAGACGGAACUGUUUAUCGGGAUCAGCGUUGUGAUCGCUGUUAUAGGAAUACUCGUUGGUGUCUUUGGAUUCUAUUAUAGAUAUCAGAGAAACAUCAAGGUGUGGUUAUUCGCGCGUCAAUGGUGUCUGUGGUUUGUGACAGAAGAGGAACUAGACAAGGAGAAGUUGUACGACGCGUUCAUAAGCUAUUCGCACAAGGAUCAGAACUUUGUAGAGAAUGAACUGGUGUCCCAGUUAGAGAGCGGUCCGAAGCCGUUCAAGCUGUGCCUGCAUUAUCGAGAUUGGUUAGCGGGCGAGUGGAUACCAGCACAAAUCGCCAAGUCCGUAGAGGACUCGAGACGGACAAUAGUUGUGCUUUCACCGAACUUCUUGGAGAGCGUUUGGGGACGGAUGGAAUUCCGAGCCGCUCACAGCCAAGCGUUGAGUGAGGGUCGGGCGAGAGUGAUACUGAUCUUGUACGGUGAUAUUGGUCCCACUGACGACAUGGAUCCAGAGUUGAAAGCGUACAUAAGCAUGAACACCUACGUGAAGUGGGGUGAUCCUUGGUUUUGGGACAAACUAAGAUACGCGCUACCGCAUCCGCCGAAAACCGCGAACGCGGCCGGACGGAAAAUCUUUGAGAAUCAUCAGCUGUGCAUCAGAGUAGAAGGAGACAAGAAGGAGCUAAUUUACCCGACAGGACCUCCGGAGACCCCUCUGGCAAACACGACACCGCCAGCUGACACGCUUAAAACGUUUACAUGUGACGGAAAAGAACAGUUUUCGGACAUCAUAUAUCCGCAUGAAUCGCCUAAAUUGAAUGGUGACAUCGCGGUCAUCUUCGAACCGAAAUCAAUUACGCGCGAGUUUAAAAUUGCCGCACUCGAUAAUCCACAGUGUACCACUGUUUGUUAGCACAGAAACUAAAAUGUUCGCAGUGUCGGUGAAGAACAGUGACUGACUGACGGUUGUCCGUAGACAGUGUUUAAGAGUAUAUUUAGUUUCACCCAUGAAGCGCAGGGCACGGAGUGCAGGACUUAUUCCGUUUUCCCACCACACUUCAUGCGCUGACCAUGCUUAAUAAUGAAAUAGAUUCCAUGCAGUUUGUACAGCAUACGAUAAACAUCGACGGUAAUUUAAGAUUAAUCAAAUCGCGGAUGAAUUCUGUGAUCUUUGUUAUAUCUGUCUUUUGAUGAAGAUUCACGUUUUUUAAGUAUUGCAAUAUUCACUCAAAGUUGUAUGCUGUUCUUAUAGUGAGUGCGACAAGAAAAUAGGAGGUACUCCUCUUAAAAAAUUAACGGAUUACGAUUGCAAACUCUUCGUCAUAUUUAAAACGUUUUGAUAUAUUUUUUCUUCUUUAUAAGAUUUGAUCUUAAUUUAGAAUCUUCAGGUUGCACAAAUAUGUAAGAAUACGAAUUCGAUACGAGAGAAAAAGAGAGAAAGUGAGUGUAGUAAAUCAGUAUGUGAAAAUAACGAACAAUUGACUUAUAUUGGAAGAGACGAAUUUACAUAUCUAUCGAAUAUUAGGUAAGUCCUUCUAGGUAUUUUUAAGGUAUCUUUUUGCAUCAAUUCCUAGGAAAUUA